GGAAGCGAGGCCCCGUCAGCACCGGGACCCUCCGCGGGCGCCGCCGCCCCGCCUCGGGAGGAGGAGGAGGAUGAGGAUGAGGAUGGUGGUGAGGAUGACGAGGAUUUCCAGUUCCUGCUGUGCGAGGGCUGCGGGCAGGACUCGGCUCACCCCCGGCUGCUCGGCUGCCUGCACACGCUGUGCCCCGGCUGCCUGAGCGAUGCCAAGCAGUGCCCGCGCUGCCAGGGGGCCGCGGCCGCUCCGGCCGUGGAUAACCUGCUCUUCAGCAACCUGCGGAGCCGCCUGGAGCUCUGGAAGCAGAUCCGCAGCUCCCGCGGGCCCUGCUGCGGCCGCUGCCGCGCCGAGGAGGCGCUGGUGUGGUGCGAGGAGUGCGAGGAGUUCCUGUGCGGCCGCUGCUGCGAGGAGCACCGCUGGUGGCACAAGAAGAAGGAGCACAGGUUCCUCAAGGUGGAGGAGCUGCGGGCGGGCUCGGCGCGGAGCUUCCUGCGGGACACCAAAACCUCCUGCAGCCUCUUCUGCUCCUCCGGCAGCCACCCCCAGGAGAGCCGCGUCUGUAGGUGGGUGUGCUCAUCCCCAGUCCCAAAUUCCAAAUCCUGUGCCCAAGUCUCAUCCUGAUCCCAAACACUGUCCUGUCCCCAAACCUCGUCUGUCCCCAAAUCCAAUCCAUCACGAUGUUUGAGAUCACUCAAACACUGUCCUGUACCUAAAUCCCCUUCUGUCCUUCAUCCUGCUCCCAAAUUCCAAAUACUGUUCCCAAAUCUCAUCCUGUUCCCAAGUCUCAUCCCAUCCCCAAACCUCAUCCUGCUCCCAAAUCCCCUUCUGUCCCUAAACCUCAUCCUGCUCCCAAAUUCCAAAUCCUGUGCCUAAAUCCCAUCCUGUUCCCAAGAUUAGUCCCAUCCCCAAACCUCAUCCUGUCCCCAGAUCCCAUCCUGAUCUCAAACAUUGUCCUGUCCCCAAACCUAGUCCUGUCCCUAAAUCCCAUCCUGUCCCCAAAUCCCUGACCCCUGUCCAUCAGUGACCCCUGUCCAUCCCUGACCCCUGUCCAUCCCUGACCUGUGUUUCACCCCUGAUCUGUGUCUAUCCCUGACCCCUGACCUGUGUCUAUCCCUGACCCCUGACCUGUGUCUAUCCCUGACCCCUGACCUGUGUCUAUCACUGACCCCUGUCACCCCA